AUGUCCAGCCCAGUGCCCCAGCCUGCUUCCUCAGGCACUCAGGUCCAGCCCGGGGACUUGGGACCCUGUCCGGUGGCUGUUUCCCCAGUAGUCCCGAACCACCUAGCUCGGGGACGCCUGGAGUCCUCCUUCUCUGUUGAGGCCAUCCUGGCGAGACCCGAGACUCGUGAGCACUCUGCCACGUCUCUGCCGCUCUCUACCUGCACCAGUCUGAACUUUGGCUCUGUGUCACAGUACCAGGUCCUGCCCUGGGUGUGCUCCACGGGGACUUGGCUGCCCACCUACCUGAGCGUAGGCAUCUACCCGAUGUGCUCCAUGUCCUGCAUGCCCGGAUUGAAUGUGACUCACCUCUUCUGCCAACAGGGCCUCAGACUCACAGGGUCAGAGCUACCUUCCUGUCUAGGCCCUCUGAAACGGGCACCCACUGUGAACCUUCAGGACCACAAUACCGAGAGACACCAAAAGAGGGUUCGCACAAUGUUUAGCGAGCAGCAGCUGGGAGAGUUGGAGAAGGUAUUUGCAAAGCAGCACAACCUGGUGGGGAAGGAGAGAGCCCAGUUGGCUGCCAGGCUGCACUUGACAGAGAACCAGGUAAGGAUCUGGUUCCAGAAUCGCAGGGUAAAGUAUCAAAAGCAGCAAAAACUGAAGUCACCUCCCCCUGAUGCCAUGGAGGAGCCCUCCAACAGCUCAGAGGGCAACGUCCGGAAUGAAGACGCUGAGGCAGGAGUUGGCAGUUAA